AAAGGGAUCACAGACCACAUGAAUCUAAGGAUGUGGGACCUUUGCCCUGGACAGUGAAAGUGGGAUUUUGAGAAGUGAAGCGGUGGUACACAAGGACCUCAAAUUGCAACCAAGAGACAGAAAACAACAAAUUUGCAGGUGGUCUUCAAGCACCACCCCCAUUUUGGAGACCUGAUCUUUGGGACCAGGACAGAGUCUGGCCUCCAAUCCACACCCCAUACCAGUGAUCACUGGUGCCAUGGGAACAAGUAGGUCCAACAGGUAUAGCAUUGUGUCAGACAUUUUACCAGAGGAGGAACGCCAGAAGAUCUCUAGCUUAAGACUCCAUAACGGCCACAGCUCCCCCAACUUCCAACUGCAGUCGGACACAGAGACAGAAGACAGGAGGAGGUCGGGAGCCUCUCCUGCCGUGCCCAGCACAGGGGAACAAGGAGGGAUGAGCAACUACAACGGGAAGAUUCUGACAAGGGGCUCCACCCAAGUACGGAGCCGGUUUGUAAAGAAAAAUGGACAAUGUAAUGUUUUAUUCACCAACAUGGAGGAGAAGCAUCAGCGCUACCUAGCUGACUUCUUCACCACCUGUGUGGACAUCCGCUGGAGAUACCUGCUGCUCAUAUUCUGCACCAGCUUCAUGGUCUCGUGGCUUUUCUUUGGCAUUAUCUUUUACACAGUCUCCCUGGCACAUGGGGACUUUGCGGAGCACCCUACAGUGAAAGGUGAUGUGCUGGCGGUGGGGGGACUGUAUGGACCGACCUCUGGACACACAGGUGGAGGGCAGACACAAAAGAUGCCAUGCAUACUUCAUGUCCAGGGCUUUGUUGGGGCGCUUCUGUUCUCCAUGGAGACCCAGACCACUAUUGGUUACGGCUGGCGUUGCGUUACCGAGGAGUGCCCUGUCGCUGUGUUAACAGUGGUCGUCCAGUCCAUAGUGGGCUGCAUCAUUGACUCCUUUAUGAUUGGCACCAUCAUGGCCAAGAUGGCGCGGCCCAAGAAGAGGAACCAGACCCUUGUUUUCUCCAAAAAUGCUGUCAUCUCCCUGCGCGACGGCAAGCUGUGCCUCAUGUGGAGGGUAGGCAACCUGCGGAAGAGCCACAUUGUGGAGGCUCACGUCCGUGCCCAGCUCAUACGUUCGUAUGUCACUGCUGAGGGCGAGUUUAUCCCCUUGGAGCAGAUGGACCUCAAUGUGGGCUAUGAUGAGGGCACAGACAGAUUGUUUCUAGUAUCCCCACUGGUCAUAGUCCAUGAGAUAGAUAAAGAUAGCCCUUUGUAUACUUUAAGCAGAGCUGAUUUGGAGAAGGAUGACUUUGAGAUUGCUGUGAUCUUGGAGGGGAUGGUGGAGGCCACGGCCAUGACCACGCAGUUCCGUAGCUCCUACCUUGCCAGAGAGGUCCUCUGGGGUCACAGGUUUGAGCCUGUAAUCUAUGAGGACCAGGACCGCUACAAGGUAGAUUACUCUCGUUUCCACAAGACCUACGAGGUGCCAUCAACGCCCCACCUCAGCGCCAAAGAGCUUGACGAGGCCGCAAGCCGGGCCUCUUCUACCGCUUCUCCCGUCUCUGCAUGUAGAACCACACAAGACUUGAUUCCCAGGUCGCUGAGCGCAUUUUGUUAUGAGAACGAGGUAGCAUUGAGCGGUGGGGAGGAAGAGGACGACAUCUUCGACUCCACUCAGAUCGCAGGGAAGGAGAGGGCAGAAGAGAGGAGGACUUCAGUUUCUGUAGAAUUUCCAAAUAUGUUCCAGGACACUGCGACCAUGACAUCAGGCAGUCACAAUGUCAUGUGUGUUCUGGACAUGGACAAUAACCAGAUGGAGUUUGACAUCCUACAGACUGCCAUCCCUCUUGAUCCAGUGACCUAUAAGAGUGAGCAAGAGAUCUGAAGAGCGCAGGCAGAGUGGACUAUCACAUGUUAAACUUUGUAUUGCAUGUACAGAAACAUAAACCCCCUUUGCCUUGCCAGUGUUGUUUUAUAUUUGUAUUUGUUUGGUUUUUCUUCUCAUUGAGAUUAGAAACUAAGAAAAAGAAAUUCUUUGAAGAGCCAUAACGAUCAACCAGACUGAUUCUGCAGGAGGACAAAGAAUCUCUGACAAAGCGCUGACGGGCUUUGGCUCCCUUUUAUUAUGAUUUCAUAACCAAAGGAAAGCACAAUAGCAGAAAAAAAUCCAGAAACUUGAGUCAUGUUUUCGAUUGUACAUUCUGCAUAGUUUAAAAUUAACUUUAAGAAUCUUAUUUAUUCCUGUGAAUGUAAACAAGAGAUUUUAUGAAAGCAAUAGCUGUUUUGAUGUAACUCUCUUCCUUUUUGAAGAGGACUGACUUAAAUGGUCAAUGAUGUACUGUUUUAUCAAAAUGUGGUGGAUUUAUGCUUGAUAAUCUCCAUGUUGUUCAUGGAUUUCAAUGGUCAUCAUGCCUGCAGUAGUCACCUUCAAAGUCUGCUAUUGCACUUAUGUGAGACGGUCUAUUUUCUUAAAUAUUUACUGUAAAACGUUCCUUUAUUUCGCCGUUUUAGUAUGCAUUAGUUGCUUUCGCUGUGUAGUACACCAACAAGACCAUUCCAAGUGCAAUCAAUAAGUGUAGCAGCAGGAAUUUAUCUGAAUUUGAUAAAGAUUCCUUAAGACAAUAACCUCUGACAAAUAUCCUAUUUAUGCCGAUUUAGGAAGACAUUGCUGCAUUUUAAAUCCUAUGUUAAAAACAUAUUUUUUUCUUUUCAAAACAACCUUUUAAGAGAAUUGAAAACAAAAUAGAAUAAUACAUUUAGUAACAUUUAUUAGAUACAAAAAAAGAGUCUAUUAUUAAUCUAUUUAUGUUAUCAAUAUAUAGCAAGUAGACCUUUUGUUCACUUCAUGAAACACUUCAGAACUUUUUUUCUUGGUUUGUUUCUUGUGGAGGCUGCAGCCAGUGAUAACAGAAACAAUACUGAGAAGUGGCUUUAAUUCAUGUUUGUGCUGUUGUUGUUCGCCAAAUGUCUGGAGCUGAAAGUAAAACACACGAUUUGGAAACUGGGGUGCAUGCAGCCUAAGUGUACUCAUUGUCUUUGACAGUAGAAAGGUGUGGAGCCAUUGUAAAGCGCAGCAGGAAACAAAGGGAUGGAGAUUAAGGAGUGUCAGGAAAUGUGCAAUAAGUCACUAGAUUGGGACAGUGAGGAGAAAGUCAAGUGAAACUGUGUGUCAGUUAAAACACAUGACAUUUAAAAGAAUACAUUUACACAGGGACAGCAAAGCAGCAGGUUCAGCACGGUGGUAUAUCAUUGAUAGAGGAAGUAUAUCUAAAUGUGAUUGAAAUACCUGUAAUUUAAAUUAAUUUUCAUGAUAUUUAAACGUGGCACUUUUUUCCCAUCUGUUACUUCAAGCAAACUAAAACCAAAAAAUACAAUUAAAUUACAAUUUAAAUACAAUUUAAACGAGACGUGAACAGCAACAAUUAAGAUGUGAAAUUAUAUUGUGAAGUUUUCCUCUGUCACCUGUAGUCAUGCAGCUGUCAGAACAGUAUACCUGAUAAUACUGCAUCUCAUUCUUGAAAUACUUUUAUUGUUUUUUUUUUUUUCAUUUGUGGAUUUGUUUCUGGUAAUAUUGACUCAUUUUUGUGUCAAUAUGGCUGUGAGAGCAAGGGAGAGAGAGUGACUGUAGAGAGCAUGUGCAUCUGAGCAACAAGCAUUCAGUAGUAUUAGAUAUCUUCAAAACUCAAAGAAACAUAUUAAGAAUAUGUAAACAUUUGAUUGACAAACAUACACUGCCAGUCAAAAGAAAAAUAUUUUAUUACAUUUGGAGAUUACUCUAAAGCAAUAAAUCCAUAAAUGUGUUAAAAAUAAUUGUAUAUGUAGGCUAUAUGUAAUUUGUAAGUAACCUAGAUAAUUAAGCCACUGUAACAGACAAACAUACUAUACUGUACUAAUAUUUUAAUGUUUUACUUUUUAUGUUUUUAACAGUGAAGCAGGGCUGCAAAAACAUUUUCAGUGAGAGAUAUGGCCAGUUCCUAGAUGCUUAACUGUUCAAAGAUACCUUAGGUUUUCUUUUACUGAGUGUCCUGAGUGCCACAAACACUUUCUACACUACAAUCUGUAACCCCACUACAUCCUACACACUGGCCCUUUAAGGACCUAAAGCAUGAUUUGUGACAUCACAAAUAGUUUGCAAGGCAAGCCUGGUCCAGUGUUUAACCUAUACAGUGUGAUGUAGAAACUUGAAGCCACCAGUGCACAGAGACAUCUUGUGUCCAGCAGGAAAACUUAAAUUAUAUUAAUAGAUUCUGUAAUUUAUAGAGGUAGAAGGAGGAUUAUUAAGGAUUUUAAUGUGGAGAUUAUACAUUUUAUGCUGAUUUUUAUAUAUGUCAUAAUACAUGUCUGGAAGGGAUCUUUAAAGUUCCUGAAAACGCAGUCUCAAAUUUUAAGUACUUUUUGAAAUGUCUGCACGCCAUGAACCCAGGCAUGUUGCACACUGGCUCACUGGUAAACGUUUCACUGGGAUAAAUGGAACUGAGCCAUCGUUAAUGUAAUUAGCUCCACCUGUGCGGUUCCUGCUCGGCGUUCUGCUGUGAAAAGGAGCCUAAUUAAGGCUUCAUUAAAUGCAGGUGUUAAAACAUGUAGUUUUAUUGUCAAAUAUGAGGUUAUUCAUUGUGAAAUUAAAUUCAAGAUCAACCCAAAACUGUAAAAAAACAAAACAAAUAUAAUGUUUGAAAGGUUGACUGGCAGUGUAUAACAGUAUUUAUGUAAUGUUGGUUUUGAAUUGAAUUACUAGUUCAAAUUUCAACUUGAGUACAGGAAAACAACCACUGUAAAUGCCAUUUUGUGUAACAGAUAAAUCUUUUUGUUUCCUUUGCUUCCUGCUUUGUAUAAAUCUAAUGAUUUUGUAACCCCUGCUUGGAGAUAAACAUGCACUAAGAAAACUACUGAACUAAUUGAAAUACGCUGAAAAGACAGAAAAUCCCAAGUACAAAGCACUUUAUUCUUCCUUGUAUACCUUUUGAUGUUGCAAAUAAAUAUUUAUGUAAUUAAAAUUGUUUCUCCUUUCCCAAAAUUCA